AUGAAAAAGAUAAGUAUUCUUUUUUUUGGCUUUUUUUUAGCUAAAUUUUCUGUACUUUUAGAUCAUUAUAAUAAUCCACGAAAUGUAGGUUCAAUGAAGAAAGAAGACCCAAAUGUAGGUAUCGGACUUGUUGGUGCACCGGCAUGUGGUGAUGUAAUGCGUCUGUCAAUUCGUGUUGACUCUGAGGGCCGUAUUUCAGAAGCAAAAUUUAAAACAUUUGGCUGUGGAUCAGCAAUUGCAUCAUCAUCAUAUAUGACUGAACUUGUUAAAGGAAUGACAUUGGAUGAUGCGUUAAAGGUUAGAAACACUGAAAUAGCAAAAGAACUUUGUCUUCCUCCUGUCAAAUUACACUGUUCUAUGCUUGCAGAAGAUGCAAUUAAAUCAGCAAUUAGAGAUUAUCAAUCAAAGUCCAAGAUCCGCUUGGCAACUUUAGAGAAUUCACCUGAAGUUCUUAAUACCCAGUAA